AUGUUGACUCAUGUUGUCCGACGUUCUUUCACUUCUUGUCUAAUUCGACGAUCUCUUUCUACCAUUUCUAGCCAGUCGAGUUCUCCUCCAUCACCAAUACGCAUAUGUGUCGUAGGAAGUGGCCCUGCCGGCUUUUAUUUAACUCAAAAUCUCCUUAAACUCCGUCAAUCACUUCCAGUCACCAUCGAUAUUCUCGAGAAGGCGCCGGUGCCCUUUGGACUCGUUCGUUACGGCGUUGCACCAGAUCAUCCUGAAGUGAAGAACGUCAUUCAUACAUUUACAAAAAUCGCUGAGCACGAACAUGUUCGUUUCAUUGGAAACAUUCAUAUAGGAAACACAGUUCGACUACAGGAGUUACAACAAUUCUAUCAUAUCGUUAUUCUUGCGUAUGGCUCAUCCGUUGAACGUACAUUGAAUAUUCCUGGUGAAACAACACUGGAGAACGUCUUUUCUGCUAAAGAUUUCGUUGGAUGGUAUAAUGGCGUGCCCGAAAAUGCUCAACUUCGGCCAAAACUUGAUGGUACAGACUGUGCUGUUAUUAUUGGCAUGGGAAAUGUUGCUCUCGAUUGCGCUCGAAUUCUUCUCUCACCAGUUGAUGAUCUAGCUAAGACUGAUAUUACAGAUCAAGCACUUGAUAUUCUUCGUCAGAGUCGCAUCCGACAUGUAAUCUUAGUUGGUCGACGAGGUCCAAUGCAAGUGUCAUUUACUAUAAAAGAACUUCGCGAAUUAACGAAAUUGAAUGGCGUUCAGUCCAUGUUGAAAAAAGAAGAUUUUCAAGAAAUUGAUCAAAAUAUGAUUGACAAAUUAGAACGGCCAAGAAAACGGUUAACAGAACUAAUGUUAAAGACAGUUCGAACAAAUCAGACAAAAGAUCACGCAGAACGGUUUUGGUAUUUGAAAUUCUGGCGACGUCCAAGACGAAUCAAUGGGAAGACAAUGGUUGAAAGUGUUGAUUUCGAACACACAGAGCCAGUCGAUCGGCAGCAGUUUGCCAAUGAGAACUUAUUUGUUAAAGAAAAUGGAACAAUCGAAACAGUGCCAUGUGGUCUUGUGAUUAAAAGUAUAGGUUAUUAUGGUGUUCAAAUUGAUCCAUGGUUGCCAUUUGAUAAAGAGCGUGGAAUUAUUCUAAAUCAGCAAAAUCGCAUCGAUGAUCGGCCUGGAUUCUAUUGUACCGGUUGGAUAGGACGAGGAGCCCGUGGUGUUAUCGUCGAGACAACUACUGAAUCGCAUACAGUGGCGAAACGGAUCAUGGAUGAUAUCGAACAAGGGCGAUUGCAGAAUUUACAUGAUGCGAAAUCAGGUGGUGAUGGUUUGAUAUCCCUUGCGAAGUCUCGUCAAGUGCGAUGCAUUUCCUACGAUGAUUGGAAAAAACUCGACGCUCAUGAAACCAAACUUGGCUUAUCUAAAGGAAAACCUCGGGAAAAAAUACUAAAUAUCGACAAAAUGCUCGAAUUAACUUCGAACUCGAAUAGUUAA